AUGGCAGACUCAAAAUGGAGUUUCCUUCCCAAAUCCGUAUCCGCACACUUGAAACCAAACUCAAACCCAAACCCUAGAUCCUCCUCCUCCAUACCCGACAUCGAAAACGCCCCUCCUCUCGAUCCAAACAUCCAUACUCCGCGAAACAAAUCUAUUUAUAAAUCACCGGCUUUCAAGACUCAGAUCGAUUCUUCACGUGAAGUCUCAGCGUCUCGGCUAAGGGGGAUAACGGCGUUGAAGAAAACUCGCAAUGAUGUAGAAGAAGCAUCGAAUCCCCAUGUUAAGGUUGUGGUGAGGAUUAGACCUACAAAAGAGUAUUGCUGGACCGUGAAAAAGGUCUCCGAAGACUCAUAUUCGGUUAGGGAUCGCCAAUUUACAUUCGAUUCUGUUCUCGACACUAUUCAUAAUCAGGACGAUGUAUUCCAGCAAAUAGGUGUUCCUUUGGUUCUGGAUGCAUUGUCAGGUUACAACACUAGUGUGCUAUCAUAUGGACAGAAUGGAAGCGGGAAGACCUACACUAUGUGGGGUCCAGCAGGUUCAAUGCUGGAGGAUCCAUCUCCUAAAGGCGAGCAAGGACUCGCUCCUCGGAUCUUUCAGAUGUUGUUUUCUGAAAUCCAGAGAGAGAGGAUGAAGUCCGGAGGAAAUGAAGUAAACUACCAGUGCCGUUGUUCCUUUCUUGAGAUAUACAAUGGACAAAUCAGUGACUUGAUCGAUCAAACGCAGAGGAACCUUAAGAUAAAGGAUGAUGCAAAGAAUGGUAUUUAUGUUGAAAACUUGACUGCGGAAUAUGUAGAUAGCUACGAGGAUGUUUCUCAAAUACUGAUGAAGGGCCUGUCAAGUAGAAAAGUUGGAGCAACAAGCACAAGUUUUCAAAGUUCUCGAUCACAUGUCAUACUUUCUUUCAUUAUUGAGUCUUGGAGCAAGGGAGCUUCAUCAAGCUGUUUUAGUACCACCAGAACGAGCAGGAUUAACCUUGUUGAUCUUGCUGGAGCGGGAAAAAGUGAACAUGAUGCUACAAAACAUUGUGUGGAGGAAGAGAAAUUCUUGAAGAAGUCUCUAUCGGAGCUCGGCCAUGUUGUCAAUGCUCUGGCGAAAAACGUGGACCCUGGAAUCACUGACCGCAGUCUUCAUAAAACCUCAUGCUUGACGCAUUUAUUGCAAGAAUCGCUUGGUGGAAAUUCAAAACUCACUAUCCUUUGCAACAUUCUUCCGAGCGACAAAAACACAAAAAGAACAUUGAGCAGCCUUCGAUUUGGUGAACGGGCUAAAUCCAUGGGAAACAAACCAGUGAUAAAUGAGAUCUCAGAAGAAGAUGUGAAUGAUUUGAGUGACCAGAUUCGUCUUCUAAAGGAAGAGCUUACAAGAGCCAAGGCUGAUGCUUGCCAUUCUGUUGGGAGUAAAAACGAUUAUUUCGGAGCAAAGAAUGCACGAGAGAGUUUGAAUCGACUAAGAGUUAGUCUAAACCGCUCUUUGAUGCUGCCAAAAAUUGAUAUUGACGAGGAAGAGACAACGGUUGAUGAGGAUGAUGUAAAGGAACUUCAUGAGCAAAUCAAGUCCUUGCGUGGUUCAUUCCACCAGAAACUAAAGAAGCUACCUGUCAACAGAGAGUCAGUCAGCUCUUCCUUUGUAACAGCAUUCGGUGAAUCAGAGCUAAUGGAUGAUGAUGAUGAUGAUGAUGAGGUUUGGUCAGAAGCUGAAGAGAAACAUUUGGGUGAAUCUUUGAAAGAACAUGGCGACGACAGUGCUGCAGCAAUAACUAAAUCAACUGAGGUAUCCAAGCUAGAGGAAUUUGCAUCGGAAAACAGCAUAUCAAUCAAUACUUGCCGUGAAUCAUUAAUCUUGCAAGAACCAAUCCAGUCAGAGUCUCCUAAAAUCAGAGACUCUCUAAGGAAGAGCAUAGCCCUUUCUUCAUCAUGUCUCAGGAAUCAGAAUAGCCUUGCGCAGAGCAUAAGAUCUGUGUGUCUUGCAGAGAGCCAACAUAUCAGAUCAUCUGUACGCGGAAGCAAGAUAUUCACAGGUUCUACAGAAUCUCUAGCUGCAAGUCUGCGGAGAGGCUUGGAUAUUAUUGACAAUCCUCUGAACCAUGCAUCAAACAGAUGUUCAGUUUCUUUGUGUUCUGAUAACUUGACUAUGCAGCCUUCCACAGAGUUGCUACAGACAGAUGAUGGACUACCUCUGUCGCCACUCUGUCCUUCCUGCAGACAGAAAUCUGAGAGCAACUGUACUGUGCUUUGCAGCCCCAAACUGUCAAGUGUAGUUGAGAGAGAUGGAUAUCAUCAAAUGGAAGAGGUUAUUGAGAAGCAGCAACAACUUGAAAGUUUGUGCACAGAGCAAGCAGCCAAGAUUGAGCAGCUAACGCGCUUGGUAGAGGAACACAAACUUCAAACUGAGAAGGAUACAGAAGAACUUGUGGGAGCAAGAAAUGGAGAACGAGUAAGUUCAGCAAAUGUAAACCAGCUUCUCAGCAGUAAUGAUGUUGUUGAGCAUUACCAAGCAGAAGUCAUAACUGAAAAAUAUGAAGUAAAACAAAUCUCAGAUGAUGACUCUAAAAAGACAAACUUUGAUAUUGGCGAGAAGGAGGCAUUACUCAAAGAGAUUGAAGAUCUGAAAAGCAAGUUGCAGACGCCUGUAACUAUGUCCACCAAUGAACUAAGAUCAUCUCUGUUGGCCCGUUCCUUUCAACUUAACAAGACUGCUGACAAAGAUAUCGAGGAAGAAAGGCUUAGGUGCACAGAAGUGGAAAGCGAGUGGAUAUCACUGACCGAUGAGCUUAGAGUUGAGAUUGAAACACAACGAACGCGAGCAGAGAAAGCUGAAGCACAGCUUAAUCAAGAGAAACUAUCCGGUGAGGAGUUAGAGGAUGCACUUCAUAGAGCAGUUCUUGGUCAUGCCAGGUUUGUGGAACACUAUACAGAGCUACAAGAGAAGUACAACGACCUAGGCUCAAGGUACAAAUCAACUGUGGAAUGGAUAACAGAGUUGAAAAAGGCAGUAGCAAAAGCUGGGAGAAAAGGUUGUGGUUCUCGUUUCGCUAAAUCACUUGCUGCGGAGCUCUCAGCACUUAGAGUAGAAAGAGAAAGAGAAAGAGAUUUGUUGAAGAAUGAAAACGUAAACCUUAAGAUACAACUAAGGAACACUGCAGAAGCUGUUCAUACAGCUGGAGAAGUGCUUGUUAGACUCAGAGAAGCCGAACAAUCAGCAGCAGCUGCUGAGGAAAAGUUCAACGAAGUAGAAGAACAAAAUGAGAAGCUAAAGAAGAAAAUGGAAAAGCUGAAGAGGAGACACAAGUUGGAAACAGUAACAAUCAAACAGAAUCUGAAGCAAAACACAUUGCCAGAAUCUGCAUUGCAGCCACUGCAACAGAGAAACUUGGAUUUUGAGGAAUGUAUGCAGAAGAAUUGA